CAAGAAUAGAAUGGCACAAUCCCACUCUGAAACCCACGAAUUCCAGUACAACCACUAAACCCACGAUUGAGAUUUUCAUACUUCUUUUCCUCUAUAUAUACCGAUGCAUAUCUUCAUCGUUUACAUCGAUACAAGAGGGUUUUCAUAUCAUAUCUGCUAGGAAUCAAUUGCAAGUUACUGAAUAUGGAGAGUGAUCAAUCAUCCAACCCCCAAACUGGAAGGACAACUUGGACUCCUCCCAUGGAUAGACUAUUCAUAGGUCUAAUGGAAGACCAAGUACAGAAAGGACAACUACUCGAUGGUCAAUGCAACAAAUAUGCUUGGACACACUUUGUUGAUAAUUUCAAGCAGAGUUUUGGUUCUUCUUUUACCAAGGAUGUGUUGAAAAAUCGUAUGAAAACUUUGAAGAAGAACUAUGUUGCUGUGAGUACUCUUAGAGGUCAAAGUGGAUUUGGAUGGGAUCAGUCGCGAGAAAUUGUGAUUGCUGAUGAUGUUGUAUGGGAUGAUUAUAUCAAGAAGCAUCCUGAUGUCAAAUGCUGGAGGACAAAGACCCUUGCUCACUUUGAUGAGUUAGCUAUUAUAUUUGGGGAUAAUAGGGCCAAUGGAAGGUAUAGUCGUUGUAGGAAUGACAAUAUUGUGCAAGAUGAUGAUGACCAUGAUAAUGAAAAUUUAGAUAACACGCAAUCUCCAGAUACCCCUCAAGAACAGAAUGAGAAUGGAUAUAAAAUAUAAGGAUGAGGACUUGCGUACAUCUGACACUCAAAAAAGAGCUCGAGCUUCAACAGGUCUGAAUUCACGUCCUUUUAGAAAGACCAAAAAUAGUACAGGAGAAGGAAUGGUAGAUGCAAUUCAGGUAAUGGCAGCGACUGUGAACAAUGUUGCGACUAAUAAAGAAGAAAACAAAAUUUCAUCAUCUUUAGAGGCAAGUUUAGUGUCCGCACUCGAGGAUGUACCAAAUUUGGAUGAUGAUACUUUUGUGAAGGCGCUAGAUUUAUUGGAAGAUGAAAAGAAAGCUAAGAUUUUCAUUGCAUUGACUGGGAACAGGAAACGACAGUGGUUGUUAUCGAAGCUCAAUAUUCCCGCAUAUUAUCCUUCCAAUUUAAGUGACUAGGUGUCUGAUAGGGUGAAGUUUGGCCACAUAGUAUUCUCAGGGAUUUCGAAUUACUAGGUUAUGUUUAAGUUUCUUUUCAUUUAGUAGUUUGUGUCAGAGAUUUAAUUUGGUUAAU